CCCACUGUUUCAGUUUAGAUUCUGCAGCUCCAGGCACUGCCACUGAUCUCAUCUCUCCCAGGAUGGUUCUCAAAUGUUUCCUUCUCGUAACUAUUUUCUUUCUCCUCUUCCCUGAACUCUCCUCCUGCCCAAGCCGAUGCCUCUGCUUCAGAACCACUGUCCGCUGUAUGCAUUUGAUGUUGGAUCACAUCCCCAAAGUAGCACCGCAGACUGUUAUCCUGGACCUGAGAUUUAACAGGAUCAGAGAGAUUCCACCAGGAGCCUUUAAGAAGCAGAAGAACCUGAACACAAUGUACUACCUAUACAAGAAUAACAUUCGUGCAAUCGACAGACAGGCAUUUAAAGGACUUGUGUCUCUGGAGCAGCUAUACAUUCACUUCAACCACAUAGAGAUACUAGAGCGAGAAACAUUUAGCGAUCUUCCCAAACUAGAGAGAUUAUUUUUACAUAAUAAUAAAGUGUCAAGAAUUCCCGCUGGAACUUUCUCUCAUCUGACUUCACUGAAAAGACUCCGUUUGGACUCCAAUGGACUGGUUUGUGAUUGUCAGCUAAUGUGGUUGGGAGAAUUGCUGAAGAGCUAUGCCAAAAGCAGCCACACCCAGGCCGCUGCAAGCUGCGAACAUCCUCGGGCCUUGCAAGGCAGAUCAGUUGCCUCAGUGACUGCAGAGGAGUUUAACUGUGAAAGGCCCCGUAUUAUUUCAGAACCUCAAAAUGUGCAUGUUACGCUAGGAAAUACUGCACAUUUCACCUGCAGAGCGGAGGGGAAUCCGAAGCCAAAAAUUGUCUGGCUGCAUAAUAACAAUGAAUUACACAUGAAGAAUGACAUUCGCCUGAAUUUACUAGAUGAUGGUACCUUAAUGAUCCACAACACACAGGAAUCUGACCAAGGAACAUACCAAUGCAUGGCCAAAAAUGUUGUGGGAGAAGCAACAACUCAAGGUGUUCUACUCCGAUACUUUGGUACUCCAACCAAGCCCAGUUUCGUGAUUCAGCCACAAAACACUGAAGUUCUGGUUGGAUCAAGUAUCACAUUGGAGUGCAGCGCCACUGGGCAUCCCCAGCCUCGAGUUACAUGGACUAAAGGAAAUGGAGAGCUGCUGCCCACACACUCCAGGUACAAUACCACUUCCUCAGGUGGCCUCUUUAUUCGGAAUGUCACUCUGCAGGACCACGGCCAGUUCAUCUGCCACGCCAGCAAUAACCAAGAUUCCAUCCAGUCCUCGGCAUCCAUCAUUGUUCAGGCUCCCCCAAAAUUCACAGUCGUUCCCAAGGAUCAAGUAAUAAUUGAAGGACACACUGUUGACUUUGAAUGUGUGGCUGAGGGCAAUCCAACUCCAGUCAUCGCCUGGACCAAAGCAGGAGGCCAGCUCCCCAAUGACAGAAGACAUGCAGUGCUACCAACGGGAACACUGAGGAUUGUUGAAGUAGCCGCCCAUCAUCAGGGUCAAUAUGAAUGCCAGGCUAUCAAUGUUGUUCAAGUUAAACGAGUUCGAGUGCAGCUAAAGGUACAACCCAAAGUGAUACCAGUGUUUACUGACGUGCCAAAGGAUGUCACUGCAGAGGUUGGUCAGGAUGUAAAGAUAACUUGCAGUGCUCAAGGUGAACCACAUCCCACAAUCACCUGGACCAAGGAUGGAGUUCAAAUUACAGACAGCGGGAAAUUCCAUGUUAAUACAGAGGGAACACUUGCUAUCAUGGACAUUGGGCUGGCAGAUGAAGGAAGGUACGAAUGUGCUGCACGAAACACAAUUGGCCAAGCAGCUACUAAUAUGCUGCUCAAGGUGACUGUUCCACAUAGAGUUCGUACUGGAGACAACUUUGUUGAAUCUUCCAUUCGUGAGGCUAUUAACAGUGUUGACAGUGCAAUUAACUCAACACGCAGGAAAUUGUUUACCAAGCGUCCUCUCAGUCCGAAUGACUUGCUGGCUUUGUUCCGUUAUCCACGAGAUCCCUUCACUGUGGAGACAGCAAGAGCAGGAGAGAUCUUUGAGCGGACCUUGCAGCUGAUUCAGAACCACGUCAAGCAAGGCUUAGCUGUGGACUUCAAAGGCAUAGAUUUCCGCUACAACAAUCUGGUUUCGCCACGUUACCUGGACCUCAUAGCCAACCUCUCUGGAUGCACAGCUCACAGGCGGUUCCCGAACUGCUCGGAUAUAUGUUAUCACCAAAAGUAUCGAACCCACGAUGGCACGUGCAACAACCUGCAGCAUCCCAUGUGGGGAGCGUCCCUCACAGCCUUUCAGAGAAUUCUUAAACCAGUUUACGAAAAUGGUUUCAGCCUCCCGAGAGGUACUGAUUCCAUCCGUUUGUACAAUGGCUAUCCCUUACCUCUCCCUCGCCUUGUUUCCACAACACUAAUUGGGACAGAGACAAUAACUCCAGAUGACAGAUAUACACAUAUGCUCAUGCAGUGGGGACAGUUCUUGGACCAUGAUAUGGAUCUGACCGUGCCCGCUCUCAGUAUGUCACGGUUCUCAGAUGGACUGCCUUGCAGUUCUGUAUGCAAUAAUGACCCCCCGUGCUUUCCGAUUAUGAUUCCAAGCAACGAUCCUCGAAUAAGGAGAGCUCCAUGCAUGUUUUUUGUUCGCUCCAGCCCGGUUUGCGGCAGCGGUAUGACUUCCUUGCUGAUGAAGUCCGUGUAUGCCAGAGAACAGAUCAAUCACCUCACGUCCUACAUCGAUGCAUCAAACGUCUAUGGCACCAGGGACCGUGAAUCCGCGGAAAUUAGAGACCUGACGAACCAACGUGGUCUGUUGAAAGAAGGCGAUACUGUGCGAGGGUCUAGCAAACGCAUGUUGCCUUUUGCCACAGACCAGACCAUAGAAUGCUUGAGGGAUGAGAAUGAGAGCCCAAUCCCCUGCUUCCUCGCAGGGGAUCAUCGGGCCAACGAGCAUGUUGCCCUGACGGCCAUGCAUACCCUGUGGUACCGGGAACAUAACCGCAUCGCGGCCGAACUACUGCGACUGAAUCCUCACUGGGAUGGCGACACCAUCUACCACGAGGCACGGAAAAUAGUCGGUGGGCAGAUGCAGCACCUCACGUACAAACACUGGCUCCCCAAGAUCCUGGGAGAUGUGGGGAUGAAAAUGAUGGGGCGGUAUACAAACUAUAAUCCCAAUGUAAAUGGCGGGAUCUUGAACUCUUUUGCAACAGCGGCCUUUCGGUUUGGUCACACGUUGAUCAACCCCAUUCUCCAUCGCCUAAACACUUCCUUUCAGCCAAUUCCUGAGGGUCACCUUCCUCUUCAUAAGGCUUUCUUCUCUCCCUUCAGACUUAUCCAAGAAGGGGGCAUUGAUCCACUUCUCCGGGGCCUUUUUGCUUUUGCAGGGAAAAUGCGAGUCCCCACGGAGGUCCUCAAUUCGGAACUGACGGAGAGGCUCUUCUCAAUGGCUCAUGCCGUAGCCUUGGACCUGGCAGCAAUGAAUAUCCAGAGAGGCCGUGAUCAUGGCAUCCCCUCGUACACUGAUUAUAGAGUAUUUUGCAACAUGAGCACUGUAGGCAACUUUGAGGACUUACAGAAUGAGAUCAAGAACCCAAGAGUGAGAGACAAACUUAAAAGGUUGUACCGUACUCCACAGAAUAUUGAUCUUUGGCCUGCACUGAUGGUUGAAGAUAUAAUUCCUGGUACAAGAGUUGGACCCACACUCAUGUGCUUGUUAGUAACUCAGUUCAAAAGACUGAGGAAUGGUGACAGGUUCUGGUAUAAAAAUCCAGGGGUGUUUACUCCAUCUCAACUAACGCAGUUGAAGCAAAGUUCCCUGGCAAGAGUCCUAUGUGACAAUGGUGAUGACAUUCAGCAGGUCCAGACGGAUGUUUUUUUGAAAGCUGAGUAUCCGCAAGGAUAUGUGAACUGUGACGAAAUCCCGAAAAUUGAUUUACGGGUGUGGCAAGACUGUUGUGAAGAUUGUAGAACGAGAGGACAAUUUAAUGCACUUUCACAACAGUUCCGCCGCAAACGGGCAAUAGAAUUCAGCUAUCCAGGAGAUAAGGACACCUCCGCUGGAUCAAGGAACCAACAAGGGAGAUAUACUCGAGACUUCGGUGAAUUUGUAAACUCGACAGUUUUUCCCACUGAUCAUGAGACCCCUCAGGAUUUCAACAGUUUUAUGUCUGAUGUGCAAAAGACGAUCAUCUCCCUUCGUAACCAGAUUGACCAUUUGGAGUCACGCCUGAAACAACAUGGCUGCACAGAUGAACUGGGAAAUCAUAUGAAUGAAAAUGAUAAUUGGAAAAAGGAAGAUUGUACAUCCUGCUGGUGUAAGAAUGGCCAAAUUACCUGCUAUGUGGAGAAAUGUCCCCUUCUGAAGUGUUCCAAAGCAAUCAAAAAGAAAGGGAGAUGUUGUCCUGUCUGUGCAAAGUCAAAAAGCAGAAAAUGAUUGUUCGGCUGUGCAGUCGAGUGAAGCUACCUUCUUGGGGAAAAAAAAGAACAAAAGCAAUUCUCAGCCUUUUGCAUCACCUACUGACGUCUGAUUAUAAACAAAACCAUUGGGAAAAAUUAAAGAAUUUUCUAUUCACAUUCUGGCUACUGCUGCCUUACUGCACUCAUUCAUUUUCCAUUUUAAGCAAUGUCUCACAUUUUAGUUUGAUCUAAGAACAAAGGUGGACCUCAGUAAUGAAUUAUGAACUAACCUACUUACAGUUCGAAUGUUAAACUGCUCACAGGAAAAGAUCGUUGUGAUAUAUUUUAAAACCAUUAUGAUUUAUCACUGUGUCAAGAUGUCAAAACAUAUUACAUAGAUAACGCAGUUAAGAUUGCAUUUUUUAUUAAUUUAUUAUUUGAAACGGUGAUAAAUAUUAUGGUAAAGUUCACUGAGAGGUGAUUAUAUGUUGGGUUCACAUACACUGUCCAGAGACUAACCAUUUGGCAUUUUCCAUCUGUGUGGUCAGAAUAUUGUUGAUGAGGAAGCUUCAAAAGCCAUGAUGGGGAUGGUGUAAAGAUCCAUCGCCUUCAUUCUACCAAAUGUACCUCAUACCUGCAGAAAGUCAGGAAUGUAUUGUUCAAAAAUAUGGUGCUGAUCAUUUUGCGUCGAAAAUUAAUUAUUGUCUGGUUAUAUUUUUGUUUCUAAUGUUAUAAAAUGUUUGUAUCAAUUCAACUAUAGUACCAAUAUAACACUGAUUUGAUGUAAGAUGUGUCAAUUAUAAAGUAUGGUAUUAAAGUAAAUACCAAUCUUUCAUCAUGUUUAGCAUUGUACAGUGAUUUAUUUUUAAAAAAGUGACUAAAACAUUUUUAUACCUAUAUUUCAUGAACACUAUGAAUGUUUUAUGUAACAUCAUAUUCUUUGAUAAAUGGUGCUGCAAAUUUACAGCAAUAUACAAUGCAGUUCUUUCUUGAAGGAUAAUUGAUAUUAUUUUAAAAUGUUGCAGGUAUGUGGGCAAGUUGUUAUCACAGACCUUGAUAGUUUAAUAAAUCCUAUACUUGUCAAACGGAUUUCAUUACUCAUUUAUAAUUUAGAUUUGGAAAUAAGGAACUCCAGAUGUUGGUUUACAAAAAAAGAUACAAAGUUCUGGAGUAACUCAGCAGGAUGGACAGCAUGCCUGGAGAACAUGAAUAGGUGGCGUUUUGGUUGGGAUUCUUCUUCAAACUGAUUGUUGGGGUGGGGAGAAAUGUCUCAUCUGUGCCCCAUAUUACUCUCUCGCUUCCCAUCCCUCCAGCCAAAAGAGGAAUAGAGUUACUCUGGUCCUCACCUUUCACCCCCACCUCCCUCUGCAUCUAACACGUCAUCCUCCAACAUUUCAUUUACCUCCUCCACCGUGCUCUCUCCACUUUGCUCCACGGACUCGCACCUAAUCCUCCCCCCCCCCAACACAUUCUCCUUCCACCUACAUUCCUUCCUCUAGCUUCACAAUUUGAAACUCUCAGAGAUUGAGAGUCCUGAUUCUUUUGUCUCUUCCAGGAUUCUCCCCAUCCAAUCUGAUGAAGAAUCCUAAACCUAAAAACACCUAUCCAUGUUCUUCAGAGAUGCUGCUUGACCUGCUGAGUUACUCCAGCAUUUUGUGUUUCGUAUAUAUUAGAUUUGAUUUUUUUUCUGCAUUCAUUGUAGAAAUGUAAAGUUAAUAUUUAUCUUUACAUUUCUGCCUUAAUGAAGAUGAUAAAUAAAAUCACUAUUUCAAGUAAAAACAAUCUCCUGAUUAUAUAAAGAUUAUAUUUAUCUUUAUAUAAUCGUGUGAUUUUGUUUUAAAUAGUAAUUUCAUUUAUCAUAUUAAUGCACCCAAUGAAUUAAAAACCUGGGUCUAUUAAAAUCCUUAUCAGGCAAUGAAAUCACCAUUUUGAAUUCCCAUAUUCUCCAAUGCAGUUUGUUUUUUAUUAGUCUGAAGAAGGGUCUCGACCUGAAAUGUCACCCAUUCCUUCUCUCCAGAGAUGUUGCUUGUCCCACAGAGUUAUUCCAGCAUUUUGUGCUUGCCUUUGUUUUUUAUUAAUGAUUAUUAUUCAGGAAAAAUACUUUCAGCUUCAAUAUUCACCGUUGACUGAGGAAUAUAUAUUAGGCAGGUGAAGUCCCUUACUCUAUCGGCUUAAUAAUAUUGCCAUUCUUUUCUAUUAUAUCCACAUUUUUUGUGCUGAAAUCUCUGGAGUGAGACUUGAAAUUACAAUCUUCUGACUCGGAGAUGAAAGUGCUGCCUCUAAGUCUCAGCUAAUAUCUAUUAAUUUUCUUUUUGGACCUUUUGCUUCAUCGGAAAUAGCUUCUUGAGUUCCUUCUGAAUGAAAGGGGAAACUAGACAGGGAGAAAGGAAUGGAAGGACAUGUUAAUAGGUUUGCAUAAAGUAGGGUGAUUAAUGGAGGUACAUGUGAAUUAUAAGCAUUGACACUGAGAAGUUAGCUUUUUGUUUUUUCUCUCCUGCUAUUUCUAUGUGGGAACAUUCAUCCAAAUGUUCCUUUUUUAUUGUAUUGUACAAGCCUUUCUGCAUACCAGCUAUGGAAUUAGAGUACAACAAAAUGUACUGUAGAUUUUAAAUGACUUUUUUAAAGUUACAAUGAUACCAUGACACUGAUGUUGUCUCUGUUUCAGUGAUCACAUUUUGUCUGUAGUGUCUGCAAAAUGCACACUAUUAAACGAUUUUAAUGUGAAAA